ACGUCAGCGUACUGUUUUUCAAUAUUUUAUUUACGCGGAAAUACGUACUCAAGUGACUUUGUUAACUUUAUCAUUAGGCACGAGUAAAAUAAUAAUGAAAGAGUCGAGUAAAAAAACUUGACUUUUGUAUCAAAAUAGUUUACUUUUUCAGUUCAGCAGCAACAAAAUAACUCGAAUUAUUCUCCAUCAAAACAAUAAUGUUUAACGUUAACGCAGAGUUUGAAAAAAACCCCGAAUUGAAAAAAGAUGACAUUGACCAUAUACAAGAAUGGGUUAAAAAACAACCGCAUCUCCCUGAAAUUUCAGAGCAACAGGUGAUUAUGUUUUUACACAGUUGCUACUAUCGUUUGGAAGCAACAAAAACCACGAUCGAAAAUUUUUUUACUAUCCGUACCUACGCUCCUGAAAUUUUUUCCAAACGUGAUCCUUUUGAAAAAGAUGUUCAGGAAUCACUGAAAACAAUGUACAUGACAAAAUUACCUGGGAAAACAGCUCAAGGGUAUGAUGUGUUUUAUUCAAGACUGAAACGUAUUGAGCCAGAAUUUUAUAUCAUGGCUGAUAUCAUAAAAACUUACAAUAUGCAUUCUGAUAUCUGGAAUGCUGAAAAUGGAACUUCAGUUGGACACAUAAUAGCUUUGGAUUUGGAAGGAAUAUCACUUGGACACGUAGGUCGGAUCAAUAUGAAUGUCAUGAAAAAAAAUUUAUCAUAUCUGCAAGAUGCCAUGCCAGUUCGUUUGAAAGGAAUACAUAUGCUGAAUGUCGUUCCAUUCAUUGAUAUGGUUAUGAACAUGCUAAGGCCAUUCAUGAAACCACACCUGCAAGCUUUGUUUCAAUUCCAUCAAGCCAAUUCUCCAGAAGUUUACGAACAUAUUCCCAAAAGCUUAAUUCCAAAGGAAUGCGGAGGUGACGGCGAAAGUUUAUCAGUUUUACAAGCUGAAACUAAAAAAAUAUUGGAAGAUAAUGUCGAAUGGUUUAAAAAAGAAGAAUUGCAAAGAGUAGACGAAAGUAAACGUCAAGGAAAACCAAAAGAUACGAAUGCUCUUUUUGGAAUGAGUGGAUCAUUCAAAAAACUAUCUCUCGACUAGGUAACGAUUCGAAGAAAAAAAUAUUCCAGUUGUAAAAAAAAGAUUUCAUGCGUUAUCGUAUAUCGUAAGUAUCUACCAAGUGUUCAAUUAUUAUCCCAUCAGCAGCUCUUUGCCAAAAAAAACCUCUUAAGGGCACAGAGUUUUUAUUUGGUGAUAUUGCAAUACACAGUGCAUUUAGUACCUCCCUACUUAAGCAAUUUUCAUUUUUCAAAUUCUACUUACCUCUUAAUUUUUUGAAAUAAUGUUUAUAAAAGUGUAAUGCAAGGAUAAAGGGGCUAGAAUCAUUAUUCACAAUUUUUUCACAUAACUGCUGAAAUUACAUUUUGGCCACAUCCUAUAAAAAUGCGGAUAUUAGGUAUACGCUGCAGACUACAGAUAUCCUCUUCAGAAGUUUGUGUUUCGCAUCGUUUGUCGUAAACACAAUAUUUAAUACCUAAUAUAGUUUACCCUAUUGUACUUUUUAAAAUGUUAAGCACAAAUCAAGAUACUCGUAGUUUUUUACGCUAAAACAUUUUACGUAGGAACGAGUACAUUACUUUUAAAAUGAUGUAGAAAAAUGUGAAGUAUUGCCAAGACUCGAUAACAAUCGUGAUCAUGAUUUACGUUCAAAUUGGGAGGAAUUGAAAAUGAAUAAGUACUAUGUAGCAUGAUUUUGAUUUUAAUUGGGUUUCAAAAGUUUAAAAAUAUUCAAGAUUCACAUCACUUAACCUUAAUUCUGUAUUUUGAUACUGCAUGUAAAAUAAUGUUAGACUACAACUCUUGUACAGACAAAUUGAUUUUUAACCUUAAAAUUGAAUGCCGACUGUACAAAAGAAAUGUUUAUUGUAAAUAAUAUGUGCAACAAAAAAAUACAUUAAUAUCAAGUACUUA